AACAAUGUAGUUCACAAGAAAGAGAUUUCUCAGUUUAUUGUCUCAAAGAUUCUUGGAAGUCUACUCUCUACAGAGAAAAGUUACAAAAUUUAAUACAGCAGUCCCAAGGCGAAAAGUUCAGCAGUUUUUCUAUUGAGAUCGGAAGCGAGCUGGUACCAUCUUCCAUUUUCUAGCGCCCGUAAUGGCUAGGACUUGCUUUUGUGCAUAAAGUGUAAAGACGGAAAGAGUUUAAAAAGCCAUUCAUCUAGCUAUAGCGUAUUAGUGAGGAAUUGUUUGUGCUUUACCGUAGGCUCCACCGACUCCGCCACCGUAAUAAACAUUAGUUCCGAAUGCGUUGUAGCCGCGUCCGUAGCCGUGUCCAGAGCUCGCAAUACCGCCACCAGGUUGGAAGCCAGCGUUACCUUGUAUCGAGUAAAAUACGGAACAAAAACGAUCAGAAUAAAACAAAUUCUCCCGAAAUAAUAGGUAUUUUGAGAAGAUAUACUGAAACCGUAUCGAGUGACACCCGCCAUCACUGCGGCGAAGCACAAAGCAAGGAAAAAGACAAUCUUGAUGUGUCAAAGAAAAAUUAGACUUUUCAAAAAUUGUGUUAAAUAAAGCAGCAAAAUUGAAAUUUAUUUUUACCACAAAAGUGUUCAUCUUGAGAUUUUUUGAGGUGGAAAUGGAAGCGGUGGUGUACAGACUGAUGGAUGGCCAGUGGUUUCAGAUGCAUUUAAAUACAAUCCGCCGGGCAAGAAGUUUCACCCAUCAUUUCACGCUUUAACAAGAUGGCCCAUUUUGUUCACCAAAUAGGCAUAGUCCCUGGGGAAACUAAUUGAUCAACAGAACACAUUGCAAAAUCAUUUGCUGUUGUGUUCUUUCAUGUAAAGACGUUUCUUGUGCUAGUGCUCCAAUUUAAAAUGGCUGAAGAUGCUGAUUACGAAGUAGAGGAGAUCGUCGAUCGAGGUUUGUUCUAUAAUGAAGAAGGAUUACUCCGUGUCUGGUAUUUAAUAAAAUUUAAAGGUUAUCCAGACACGGAUAAUCAAUGGAUCCCUGCCAAACUAACAAACUGCAGGACUCUUAUUAGAGAAUUUAAUAAAAAGAGGAAGUUCACGAAAAACGUUCUGACACCACCCCAAUCAGAUUCGGAUGGAAUCGAAGAAUUGUUUGUGGAUGUUGUUGGUGGUGUGGCUGAUGGAAGGGAAGGAUUGGGUGUGGAUGGUGGUGAGAAUGGGGUGGGAAUGGAUGGAUUUGAGGAGGAUGGCGGUGUGGGUGAUAAAAUAGAUGACUUAGGGAAGUUACGUGGGAUCUCUAUCUUUGCAUUGGUCCAAAUGAGAUCGAAAACAAGCAUCAACUUGUGUCUUUGUAAAACGGGUUCAAUAAAAUGUUCACAGCAAUCGUAAAA